AUGAUUCUCAAUGAUAGUAUAACCCUCAAAGACAGAAUAUGUCUGAUCAGAUGGGGUUGGUACUCGAUGUCAAUGGCCACUGGAGGUAUAGCUGUGUUACUUGCCCGGACGCCUCACCAAUUCACUGGACUUGACAUCAUCGGCAAGAUUAUUUACGUUUUCAACCUUGCCUUCUUUCUCGCCAUCACUUUAUGCAUGGCCAUCCGUUUUCUUUCUCGGCAAACCGCACUCAAAGAAUCAUUCCGAGAUGGCAAUGAAAGUUAUUACGCACCAACCUGCCUACUAGCGAUCGCGACCAUCAUCCUCGGAGCAGAAGGCUAUGGAACCGACUCUUGUGGCCCUUGGCUUCAGGUUGCCCUUCGGAUUGUCUUCUGGAUCUACGUCGCGUGCGCCACACUCUUGGCGAUUUUUCACAACUGGUAUCUGUACCACCUAGCUAUGGCUAGCCAGCAACCUUUCCCAAUCGCCCAGCUACUACCCUCUUUCCCAGCCAUGCUUUCCGGUACGAUCGCAUCAUCCAUCGCGGCCAAUCAACCACGAGACCAAGCACUUCCAAUUCUCAUCGGCGGCAUUACAUUACAAGGCUUCGGUUUCAUCAUGUCUGUUCUCAUUUAUGCCGAAUAUCAAUACUUCCUCGCCAAGCACGGUCUUCCGGAACGUGCCAAACGCCCGCAAAUGUUUAUCGCUGUCGGACCAUGGAGUUUCACUGCUCUUGCAUUGAUUGGAAUGGCAAAGGAGGCUAAAGAAGUCUUCCCUUCACAGUAUAUCAUCUCAUUCGCAGAUCCACAUUCUGCUGGAAGCAUUUCUGUCAGCACUGGUGAUAUCGCACUCGUAAUUGCUUCAUUUUUCGCUAUCUUUGUUUGGACAAUGGCUUUCUUCCAUCUUUGCAUCGCUGUUAUUAGCGUUCUGGCCUCUACUAGAAUGUGCGGAGGUGUGGGAGCCCCUCCAAUGUCGGUUGUGUAUUGGGGUAUGGUGUUCCCCAACACAGGAUUCAUUAUUGCUACAAUCAGCAUCGGACAGGUGUUGCAGUCCCCAGCUAUCCUAUGGGUGACGUCGGCUCUGACGGUAUUGCAAGUGAUAAUGUGGUUGGGUGUGGGAGCUGCAACCAUACUUGCAGUUGCGAGACGCCAAAUGUUAUGGCCGGAGGAUGUCAAAAGAGGAGAGGAAGACGCGCUUUCAUGA